AUGACGCUUAUCAAUGUUUUUCUACUGAUAUUCGGUGAAUUAUUUGUUAUUCUCGACGACACACACUUAAAUUAUUUCUUAUUAUUGUAUCGAGAUCUGUUAGAACAAAUCUGUUCGUUUUUGAAAGUAUUCGACCAAGUUAUGGAAGAACUUAGCGAAGAUAAAACGCCAACGAUUUAUAAAGUUUUUCCUCUUCGACAACGUCUGUUAAAUCAUUGUGAUUUAAAAACUAUUGAUCAUGAUAGCAUCAAAGAAUUGAAAGUCUUUUUGUCAACAAAACCGCAACCUGAUCAAUCAACUACAGCAGAGAAUAUACUUUCAGAAAGCUUUGAUCUUCCGAUUGAAGAACAGGAUUCAGAAGCUGUUGUUCCGUUGGACCAAGAAUUGACACGUUAUUUAGCUUUAAAUGAGACAAUUAGUGCAAAUGAUGAUGUUCUAUUAUUCUGGAAAAAUUAUUUGCGACUCUUGCUUCGAUCGUGA